UGGGCGUCAAGCGAGUCAGUUAGGUCCGAGACCGUACAGGAUACACCACGUGUCUCGGGUGCGUCGAGUAUCGGCCCAAACGCGCUCGCUUCAACAAGGUACGGGAAAGAAAAAUAGGCAGAAAAAUAAGAGAAACAAGACGAGCGGGAAAUUUGAAAACGCGGAAAAAUUCGAUUGGGAGUCAAGAUGGGAUCUAAGGUAAAGUGAACGUCAUCAGCCCGCUGUCAAUUAAAAUUAAACCUGAUACAGACACCGAAUUCUACACUCCAAUGUGUACAGCGUAUUGAUCCGGUAACUUACAGGUACGGAACAUACGUGCAGUAAUUCGCAACAAGCUACCGCGAUUUAUUGCGCAGAUCAUUAUCUCCGUUAAACGGGCUCACAAUCAAGUGAUGUUGUGCGGCGCUUGAUCCUUACGAGCGAAAAAUAUUUGUUUAUCUUCAAGAUUUGCCAGAUAUAAGGUAUAAUCAGUGAAGUUGCUACGUCCGCACGCGACCUUCCGGUAUAAGCAGAGCAGACGACGGGAUGUAAAAAAAUUGAAAAUAAAAAAGCAACGGAGAUUGAUGGGAGUAUCUUUGAAUGGUGAAAAGUUGACGAAAAAAUGGUAUUGGAAUAUUGUCAAAGCCUGUGAUUGAUGCGCGGAUAAACUUGUUUUUUAAAGAGACAAUUUAUUAUUCGCCACUGGACGUAAGUGAUUAAAUUUCUUGCAAACGCCGCUGCGAGUGAUUGAAAUACGAGACGAUGUGCAAUUAAGUUUGUGUCAUUUGAAGAUCAGGCUGUGACAAGAUAAAAUUCACCAUUUCUUUUUCUUGCUUGCAUUCUUUCGUUACAUAACUACGUUAUAACCCGAAGAUCCGUGAACGAAUUUGAAUAAUCGUAAAGAUGGAGUUCAACUUCAACAUCAAUAAGCUCCUGCCGAAGAAAAUCAACAAGAUAUCGCAAAGCCUGAUGCUCGAGGAGUUUAGGGGUGAUCGUCGCGAGUUUGCGGAAUGCCAGAAACAACUCACCAGGGUUCUCGACGACAUGGGCGAGGCCUCGGCGAAAGCUCAGGGCCUCAGCAAGACCAUCACCAGCGCCCAAAAGCUCAGGGAUACGGAUCAUUUGGUCUACCUUCUCGUCGACAGCGAAGCCAAUCAGGGCAAAGGGUCCGUGGUUGGGCUUCUGAAGACAGGUUCGAAGAAUCUCUUCAUGUUCGACGAGACGGGGUUGCAUUAUCAGCUUCAGCCACGUUGCGUGCUCGAUUUUUACGUCCACGAAUCCCGGCAGCGAACUGGCUGCGGUAAUCUUCUGUAUCAGCACAUGCUUGCCGAGGAGAAAAUCACCCCUUUAAAACUCGCCAUUGACAGACCUUCGGAAAAACUUCUAGCUUUUCUUCGAAAGCAUUACGGUCUCACCAGAAUCAUUCCACAGAAUAACAAAUUCGUUGUGUUUCACGGAUUCUUCGACGAUGAAGUUCAAGACACUAGGAUCAGCAGGUAUGGCUUAUCCCCUGGGAAAGCGUUCGACAGCCCUUCGCCCAACAACAACAGCAACGACUCCAGUGUAAAUGGAUCGGGUUCCAGGAGUUCGUAUGGAAGAUACGCCGCGGCUCGUCCAGUAUGUUCCAUGGGUAACAUCAUACACAAUACGGCUGUCUUGGGACAACCAGCUGAGCGAACAGGCGUCUUCUCUCCCUCGUUUUCGGCCCCGAAACUGGAGCGACCGCGCUCCUUGUCCCUCUACUCUGAGGAGGAACAGAAACAGCGAACCACCGAAAUCUCAACAGUUCCAACACCGGCGUUACCGGAACACCAGCCAACCCCCUUCGUCCCGAUUAUGCUCGAGGCGGAGCGGGCAGAGAGGGAAAGAAACGCCUCUGUAAAGACGUCGCCUUCGCCGUCUUGCGCCCAGGAGGUCGGAGGCAGCGAAGCGGCUCAUCUCGACCUGAAAUUCUAUCACUCCCCUCUCUGGUAGAGAGAUGCAGUGAGAUUCAGCUGAGACGUGCAGCCGUAUUUAAGAAUAAACCAUAUACCAAUUUCGUUUAAGUAGAAGAAUAAAAAUCACUCGUGACAUGAAUUUUCGACACUGAAAAUUCGUUAUUCUGGUUGUGAAUUCGGCACAAAAUUUAGAAGAUAAUUGUUUGUGUCAAAUAAAUUAUAGGCAUUUUAUUGUGGGCUAAUAAAUUCUAAACGUUCGUAUCAAAUCAAAAUGGCCGACGUUUGCACUCCACUUACGGUUUUAGUUUUACUUUACAAUCAAUUCUACAACUCGAAAAUCAUCGCGCCACGUUUAACGUCAAAGAAAAUAACGGCAAGAAGAGUUUGGUUGUGAUCAUACCGUCAAUGAGUGACCUGAAGACGUAAAAUUCAGCUUUAAAAAUUGACUUGUACUGGUAUCAAUACUCACUCCGAAAGGAACGCAGAAAAAAUGCAAUAAAAUGAGAUCCGCAUCACCAAAAAUGUCUGAUAAAGAAAUAAGUUCUAAAAUUCCGAAUCACAAUCUUGUAUCUUGAAUUCAAAGAUAAUAAUCGUGGUAUCAGUUAUACCUACUCCACGCACAACUGAUUUUAUCCGAAAAACGGUACGUAGAUUAAAACCACGAGACGAGUCGGAAUUUAUCUUUUACCAAUCAAUUGCAGCUAAGCUUUUUUUAGUAUUGUUUUUAGGGUAAAAUAUUGCUCGGAAUCAAUUAUAGAUAAGAAAUGGAUGCUUGAAGCUUUUUUUAACGCGAGCUAUAUAGACCUCCAUAGAUGAACCUGUAUAGCUACAUAGAUUCAUAUAGGUAGAUUCACUGCAAUUAUUGAGGCUAUACUAGCACGCGACGUAUGUACACUAGACCAUGAUAUAGCGCAGCACCGUAUAUUAAUGAGAUAGCGAACUACGUAUUAUCAUUCGAAUACAUAGCUUAAUACAUACCUUGAAGAAAAAUUUAGGAACAAUAGAUAACCGAAUACGAUUAGAACAAUGGUAAUUAUCACCCCGGUCUGAUAUUCUCUGUAGAAAAAAAAAAUCAUUCCUAAUCCGUUCAAAUGAAAGCUUGAUAUUAUUCAUGAUUUUUUUUUUUUUUUUGUUUUUUUUUCGAAAUUGGGUUUUGCAGGAAAAUUAUAUCCAACCGUGGAUUGUUCUUCCAAGAUUAUAAAAAUUAUGUGUAAUGGCGUCUUAUAGCAGAUUAGCUUCAGCAAUGGCUCUGAAGACCGCCUACUCUACUCCAAAUUGGUAAUACUAAGUUUUAAAUUGGAAUAAUAUUACAUAUGCUAUGAAUUAAUUACCGCAAAUAAUUGUAUAUUUUUUUUCUUAUUUUACUGCUGAUGAUUAGAUACGUUUAAUGAAGAGGUAAUCUUGAAACGCGGGUGUCGACACGUUCAUUUUGGUUCAACAGUAUGUUAAAACCUCUAUAUAUAUGUAAUACGUAGUGUAAUGUCCGACGUGAUGUAAAGGCAAUGAAAUAAAAUAAAGGUGUUUGUAGUAAUAAUAAUAUUAUUAACAGCAAUAAUUGUAUUAACAUUUUCAAAUUCGUUCUUACGUAAAUAUCAUAAGUAAAAUACGAUUUGAAGAAAAAAGUAAAAUGGUUUAUAAAAAAUAUUUAUCAGUGGUGUUUAAAAUUCACGUUUUCGUUCUUACUUUCAUCUUAGUAAAGAAACCUCUUCGGAAGAUGAAAGAGAAUCGAUCUCAGCCGAUAAUAAAUGAAAGCCUUGUAUACUAGGCUAAGAAUCAAGUUCCUCUCAUCCUUCAAUAAUAAUUAAUGUCCACAAUAUUAUGACUAAACUUGAAAUUUCUCAUAUUCACAGCAACAAACGUUCAAUCGGUUACUUAAUAAUAAUCACAGUACAUUGGAGAAGGCUUAGCCAUUAAAUAAUUCAGCUUUGAGAAA